UCACACUGAACCUGCAGCAUAACCAGAGGGUCAACUCAGAGAGCCAGACUGGACGAACUGACACUAUUAUCAUUAUUGUUAUUAUUAUUUAACUUUAAGUCAUUUAAGCUCCUCAUUAUAUGAUUAUGUUUACAACGCGUCGUUCCUUCGUGGUUAUUGUGACUUUUGCGAAACUGUCUCCGUUCCGUCCCACAGUGUUCGUCUUCAUGCUGGUUGUAGUUUGUCCGUUUGUGUUCGGCUGAGUGUGGACUCCGGUGCGACACAUGUCUGUCCACCUGUGCUGCUGCUGCUGCUGCAGCAUCAUUACGAGCCUGCUGCCUCUGACUCACCGUCACUGAAACUCGCCUUUUCUUCCAUUGUUGUGUUUUUGUGUGGCGCUCAGAUGCAGGGACGCGCUGCUGGUGAUGGGAACUCCUUGGGGCUUUUUCGCUUUUUUGGCGCAUGAAGGUUUCAUUUCCCCCUUUCUAACAGUCAGAGUCAGACAGGAUGCGGGGGAUAUCUUAUUCUCUUGUAAGCAGGUAUUUUCUGUGCCAAACAUUGUUGAGCCAUAUUUUUAUUUAGAGUGGACCUAAACUAUAGCCAUAUCCCGUGCCACAUAGUCUGAGUGGAGUGUUCCCUGACAUUCUUUGUGACCUCACAAUUUUCACCAACUGUAAGCUUAAGAAGGACCGUGACGCGUAAAAGGAUUCUGGUUUUUACGCACGGCUGCUGCUCUCAACCGUUACCUCUUGGAUGUGAACAGUGAUGAUGGCAGGAAAGCGCAGCGCCACGGGGCUUGAGGAGCCCCAGACCCGGGGUGCGUUCACCACUCAGGGCCAGGCGUGGCCCCGUGAAUAAUCACGCGGCAACAGCAUGCCCACUUGGCCCAAUCACUCGGUGUGCCUCUCCAUUAACUGCAGCUGGGAGGAGAUCCACAACAGCACAUGGAAUCCAGACCAUGUCGAGCCUCCUCUCAACUACUACUCCAUCCCUCUCCUCACGGUCAUCACCGUCGCCUGCACGCUGCUUUUUCUGGUCGGAAUGACCGGCAACGUGAUGACCAUUUUGGUGGUCAGUAAGUACCGGGACAUGCGCACCACCACCAACCUCUACCUGUGCAGCAUGGCUGUGUCCGACCUGCUCAUCUUCCUCUGUAUGCCGCUGGACCUGUACCGCAUGUGGAGGUACAGGCCCUGGCGCUUUGGAGACGCGCUCUGUAAACUCUUUCAGUUCGUGUCAGAGUCGUGCACAUACUCCACCAUCCUGAGCAUAACUGCGCUCUCAGUGGAGCGCUACCUGGCCAUCUGUUUCCCGCUGCGUGCCAAGGCUCUGGUUACGAAAAGGCGGGUGCGCGCCCUCAUCCUUCUACUCUGGACAGUAUCUCUUUUGAGCGCCGGGCCGGUGUUUGCCAUGGUGGGAGUGGAGAGGGACAGCGUGGGACCACGCGAGUUCAGUUUGGGACUCGGCAACGACAGCGACUCCUCUCUGGAAGGCGUGGACACCCGCGAGUGUAAGAUGACGCACUACGCCGUGGAGUCGGGUCUGAUGGGUGCCAUGGUGUGGUUGAGCUCUGUUUUCUUCUUCAUGCCAGUGUUCUGUCUCACAGUGCUCUACAGCCUCAUCGGCCGGCGGCUGUGGCAGAGACACCGGGAAACAAGCAUCGGCUCCCGCGGGGCCCACAGGGACAAGAGCAACAGACAGACCAUCAAGAUGCUGGUGGUGGUGGUGCUGGCGUUCGUCCUCUGCUGGUUGCCCUUCCACGUGGGCCGCUACCUGCAGUUCCGCUCCCUGGACGCUCCGUCCCCCCUGCUGUCCCAGUUGUCCGAGUACUGCAGCAUGGUGUCCGUGGUUCUCUUCUAUCUGAGUGCCGCCAUCAACCCCAUCCUCUACAACACGAUGUCGUGGAAAUACAGGGGCGCAGCUGCGCGCCUCUUCGGCCUGACCGACAGCCAGCCCCCACGAGGGCGAACCGCCAGCACCGCGAAGGGAGACUUUUCCAACGGCUGGACAGAGUCCACAGUCAGCCUCUAAACCGCUGUCAAACACGUCUGUAAAGAUAAUUAUCACAAACCUGAAAGCCAUCUUGGUGUGGGCGCAGCGUUUAUCAUCUCUGGACAGAGGAUGAGAGCGGCCCCAGCAUGCAUCCAGACUAUUUUUUCAGUCAAUAUUCCUGUUGAAUUGUUUCAACAGGUUGCAUACAAACACGACUCAAUCAGCAGCAGCAGCAUCUGAAACCAUGCAUGUCAAGUGUUAACAGUGAACAUGAACACAUGGACAGCCUGUCAAUCACAGACAUUAACAACUGCCUUAUACUGUAUUCAUAUUCUGGAUGACAAAGAAAGCACUGUAGAUCUUGUGGCACUGCUCUGCAGCCUAUACUCAUGUAGGAAGGGGCAGACGUGCUGUGUGUGUGUGUGUGUAUGUGUGUGUGUGUGUGGGGUAAAAUAUCUAGUUGCCUUUUUGUUUGAUUUGAUUUGAAAUUACAUUUUUGUUUUAAGUCAAAUAUCACUUUAUUCGUCUCUGUCCUGCAUAUUAAAACUUUACCAAACCACCAAAAUAUGAACAACUCUAUAUUCUAAUGUGAGGAUUAGAAUGAAAUGAAUGAAUUACGUCCAACGCGUAGGUUUUGACAUUAGGCUGCAUAAAGGUUUUGUUCAUUUUUAUUGAAUUGUUUAAUUAUUUUUUUAAUUAAUUCAUUACUUUGUGGUCCAGAAAAUCAUAUUGUGAUUAUUUGUAGACAAAAUGUGGCACGACUAUUUUUGAGUCAAUAAAACGAGAAGAGCAAUAUUUUUUGGGCCCUUAAAAAUAUCUCAUCACAAUACUGUUUUUCCACAAACAGCGUUCACAAUAAUGAAAUUGUCGAAAGGGUCUCUGGAUUUAGCACUUCUCCAUUAUGGCAAAUUUGAUUGUUUGGCUUUUGCAAUUAAUUGUGCAGUCGUUCUUUUUGGUGUGAUUAUUGUAAUUAUUGGGAGAGAGUGUGUGAGUGUGUGUGUGUGUGUGUGUGACAUGUGUCUGUGUCAAUGCAGCCAACCAUGGGUCGGUGGGGUUGGCGGACAGUCAACCCAAUUCACAUUUCCUCAAAAUAAUUUAAAAAAAAAAAUGUACAGAA